GCUCUCGAAAACGCCAUGCCUCUUUCACGAAAAUCAUAACCUUCAAAUCUUCGUGUGACAACAUUUUAAGCCGACUGGUCGACAGUGAAUGAAAGGCCGUAUUUUAUUAUUAUUUUCUGUUGUCCAGAACUAAAAGAAUUGAAAAAUGACGACCCUACUAUUUGGAAUACAUCUUGGAAACUCUUCCGGAUGCGUAGGGAUUUUCAAGGAUGGAAAAGCGGAUGUUUUAGCCAGUGACAGCGGAGAAAGGAUCAUUCCUGCUGUUGUCUCAUACCGAAACAACAAUGAAAAGGUUGUUGGUAUGGCUGCUAAGAGUGGUAUGGCAAGAUUUGGGACUUGCACUGUUACUAAUAAUAAACGAUUAAUGAAUAUGAGCAUAUCCGAUAAAGAAUUGUCUGAAGCUAUUUCCCGCACUACUUGUAAAGUUGUACCAAAUGAUGAUGGAGUACACUAUGAAGUGGAAUAUGAAGGAAAAACUACUCGUCGCACUCCUGAUCAAGUGCAUACUCAACUUUACCGUAAGCUACAUGAAACCGCCUCCAGUUCCCUUCACACAGGGGAGUCAACACUCCCAGCUGUGCUCACUGUUCCUGUUCAUUUUUGCUCUGCAAGCCGGAAAGAGGUCAUGAGGGCUGCUGAAGAAGCUGGCUUCAAAGUUUUACAGUUAAUUGACGAACCUUCUGCUUCAUUGUUGGCCCAUAAUGUUGGUCAAGUUGAUCUUAAUGAAGAGGGUUAUGUUGUAGUGUACCGUGUUGGUGGUGCAACUCUAGAUGUGACUGUAUUUUGGAUAAACUCCGGGAUGUACACUUUGGUUACUAAUGUCCACCAACAUAAUAUUGGUGGGCAUAUUAUUACAGAAGAACUAGCCAAGUUUCUUGCUAAAGAAUUCCAUCAAAAAGUGAAACUGGACCCAAUGGAAAACAGAAGAUCAAUGGCAAAACUCAGGGGUGCUGCUGAGACUUGCAAACAUGUACUUUCAACUAUGCAGACAGCACACUGCUUUACUGAAUCCCUUGUUGAUGGUGUUGAUCUUAGUUCAAAUAUUAGCCGUGCUCGGUUUGAAUCAAUACUCAAUCCCCUCCUGCCUCAGUUUUUGGAGCCUGUAUCCAAAGCUAUUGAAUCUGCAGGGAUAACAGCCAAGGAUGUCAAGAAAGUUGUGGUGGCUGGAGGAACGCUCAAGAUUCCUCGAUUACAACAAGCAUUAUCUGGUGUUGUGCCAGAUGCUGAAGUACUUGGUUUGGGUCCAGCCAUUAGUCCAGAUGAAGUGAUUGCUAUGGGAGCAGCUGUGCAAGCGAGCUGUGUGCCUCAGGGAUGGGAUGGUGACUGUAUUCAGCUAUCUGAGGAUGUUUCGGCCAUCUCCCAAGAUGUGGUGUAUCAGGUUGAUGGGUCAGAAAAGAAAGAGUUAAUAGCUAUGGCAUCCUGUCCUGUACCUUUUAGAAAACAAUUUGUAAUCACUGUCCCUGAAGGCUGUGAUAAAAUGAAACUAAGUGUGUCCCAGGGAAGUCGCUGCUUGGGCCAAGCAUGUUUGGAUGGUGAGUCUGCAGGAUCAACAGUUAAUUUUGAAGUUUCUGUAGGACGGGAAGGAGAGGUGCAUGUCACAUUGGCUGAUCAAAAGUUGCAGAAAAGAGUCAGUGUACAUUUUGAAUCUGUAUCUUUAUAAAACAAUCUGUGAAAUCAUGCUAUUAAUGUGACAUUUCUGUCUUAAAAACGAUGCUUUACAAAAAAAAUAAUUAAUUAGGAAAUUCUGUUUAACAUGCUCA